AUGGCCACCUCAACAAGACCACCACCACCAACAUCACCCACCCAACAACAACAAAAACAAAUCCCAGCCUACCUCCUCCUCGCCUACCCAGCCACCCUCCUCCUCGGCUCUCUCUUCUCCGUCCUCUCCCCGACAGCAGCCGGCUCCCGCGACAACACGCCCUCCGCGAUGCACACCGCCGGCGUCGCGGGCCCCCACAAACCACCACCCCCGGUGAACUACUUCGCGCGCAAAGACAACAUCUUCAACGCGUACUUUGUCAAAAUCGGCUGGUUGUGGAUGACAGCCGCUUUUGCGUCGCUGGUCGUCUCGCAGCCGGCUUACACGACGGCGGUGACGGCGGCGCAGCGCCCGCGUAGGAUAGCGCAGGCUGUGGGGCGGUAUGCGCUGGCCACGCUGGCUUGGUAUCUGACGACGCAGUGGUGUUUUGGGCCGGCGGUCAUCGAUCGCGGGUUUGUGAUUACUGGUGGUGGGUGUGGUGGUGGCAGCAGUAGUAUCAGUGAUGCGGAUGGGCUGACGGCGUUGGUGACUGCUGCUGCUUGUAAGGGGGCUGGGGGGCGGUGGAGUGGGGGGCAUGAUGUUAGUGGGCAUGUUUUUAUGUUGGUGCUUGUUACUGGGGUUUUGGGGUUUGAGGGGGUUGGGGCUAGGGUGGGUAAUGGGGUGAGCAGUGGGGGGGAAGAGGAGAAGGAGGUGGGAAAGAAGGAGGACCAGGAGGUUGUGAGGAAGUGGGCGGGGAGGUUUGUGGGGGUUGUUUUUGGGCUGAGUUGGUGGAUGUUGUUGAUGACUGCUAUUUGGUUUCAUACUUGGUUGGAGAAGUGGAAUGGGCUUUUCCUCGCUCUGGCUACCAUCUAUUCGAUCUACAUCUUGCCUCGACGCGUUGGGGCAUGGAGGGACGUGGUAGGAGUUCCGGGAGUAUAG